GAAACGACAGAUUGGCUCCGGCGGGUCUCGCGUGACGUGGGCCUGGGUGCCCGGGACGUGGUCCAGGCCGGCUGGCCAAGGACAGGGCGCUUCCAGCGGCUGAGCCGGAGCGUGAGGCUGAAAAUAACCCCGCGGAGCUGAGCCAGGGAGAGCGGCUGCCGUAACCUGGAAGGGAACCGCUGUCAGCGGCAAUAAACUUCCUGGGUUGUUGUGCAGCGCGGAAGAGAAGCAGCAGCGGCAGAGAUGGGUUUGAGCGGCGUCACGAGUAGCAGGUUGUAGCUGACGCCCGGGCUUCCCUCUAAUGAUGCCGUCACGUACAAAUCUGACCGCUGGGAUUCCCAGUAGCAAAGUCAAAUAUUCCAAGCUCUCCAGCACCGAUGAUGGAUAUAUCGACCUGCAGUUCAAGAAGAGCCCACCGAAAAUCCCCUACAAGGCAAUUGCGCUGGCUAUUGUGCUCUUCAUGAUCGGGACCUUCCUCAUUAUCAUAGGAGCCCUCCUCUUGGCAGGAUACAUUAGCAAAGGCGGGACGGACCGCGCUAUCCCCGUGCUCAUCAUCGGGAUCCUCGUGUUUCUCCCAGGCUUCUACCACCUGCGCAUUGCGUACUACGCUUCCAAAGGCUACCGCGGCUAUUCCUACGACGACAUCCCGGAUUUCGAUGACUGACCAAUGUAUUUAAUUGCAUUAUAAUUAGGUUGGCAGUAAGAGCUGUGAGUUACUCUGGAUACCGGAGGGGGGCUGUAAGGCUGUCGAUGAAGUGUUAUCAGUCACAAGAUGGCAGUUCCCCGUUUUGGGGUGUUGCAGGUUUUUCAGCUGGGGGCGGGAGGGGGUGGGGGCUGGAACAUGGAAUUAAACCAAAAAGAAUUGCAACAUUAGGUGGGAAGAACAUGUGGUUUAUUGUAUUUUUCCUCUUUUGGUUACAUAAUGCUGGUUGCUUGUGAGAAGUUCUUCUUGGGCAAGGCAAUUCUAGCAAUUAUCCAAAAAUAGAUGAGCCGGUUUCAGCAGCAAAGAUAUUUGUUUUUUCUAACCGUUUUCUAGAGUUUAUUUUAGUUUUCGGCAAGAUUGUGGUUAUCGUUGGGUUUACCUUUGCAGACAAACACCGCAGUUAAAUUCUCCUUUUGCUUUCUGGCCAUCAGAAAUGCUUCCGGUCUCCUUGUCCCGUGCGUGCCUGGAGCAACAGAAGUCAGAUGGGGGCGGGAGGGGGAAACUGCACUUGCAUGAAACAAUUUACGCGUCGCGCAUUUGCUGCACAACUCCUCUGUCAGCCCGACCAAGCUUAUUUACUCAGCAAACACAUUCUUCCGAAGCAAACUGUUUCCCACGCCGCGGUUACUUUUGGCAAAAUCCACUUAUCCUUUAAAAGGACUAUUGUUGGAUUUUGCUUAUUAUUUUAAACAAACUGAGCGGCUACAGGGAGAAGAAUUGGAAGCCGGACCAGGACUCAAGUGUCUAAAUACCAAAACUCUUGGGUUUGACUAGCGUGGACACUUGGAGACACUUGCAUUCCAUACGUCUGUAUAUUUGGAAACGUUUUGUCCUUGCCUAGAUAAUAUGCUGUGCGUAAUUCCCUAGGCCAGUAAAAAGGAAAUCUCUGUAUAGUUUGUACUGGAUAAAUCCCGUUUGUAUUGUUUUGCUAGCUUCGGUGGUGUGUGACUCGGGGAAAACAGAUCGGUACCUCUAUUUAUGUAAAGUAAAAGUUGUCUGUCUGCUGAAGUGGGAACGAACUCGGCGUCCUGGAGAAACAAGUAUGCGACAAGUAAGCGAUGCAAGUCGACGUGUUUAAUAGGAAUAAACUUCACUAUAUUCUGUG